GUAGAGGACAUUUUCAGAGUUACAGUACUGUAUCAUAUGAUAUGAAUACUUUUGUACAGUGUGAUGAUUGAUCAUCAAUAAUAAUACUAUUACUUGAAUUGGUGUUACAGUAAUUGAACCAUUAAUGCCGUAAUAUUGAAAUAUUAAUAGUUAUUAUUAUGAAUACUAUAUAACGAGUGCAUUGCCGUCGUAUGACAUUUGUGAACAUUUUGCUCAUUCAUAUGACAGUGAAUGCUGUGAACGUCUUAAGCACUACAGUAUUGUCACAAAUCAGUCCACAAUAAGAAGCGAAUGAAUGGAGAAACAACUGAAAGACAUUAGCGCCGAGGCGCUCAACAACGACAAGGUCUGUGGCUUUCUGUGCGUCGACAACAACGGACUCUGCCUCACAGCUAGUGGUGAGGCAAAUGAGAGGAGUAGUGGAACCGUAGCCACGAUUGCAUCGUUGGCCCAGAAGUUGGACUCAAGUAAUCCCAUUGUGAGCAUCGAAUCCGAUAAGAGACAAAUCCUGAUUAAGACCACGAAAGACAUCACGACUGCUAUCUAUAAGAGCUGUUGAUUGCCAUCGGUGUCAAUGAUGCCAUAUAUGCCAUAUACGGUAUAUAGUAUACAUUUAAUAGAUGGUAUAAACGGUAUACUGUAUACACAGUAAGUCUCUAAUUAGGGUUUAUAAGUCUAUAGUUUAUUUAAAAAAGUAAGACUUUGAUUACAUUUGUUAUGAGAU